UUAGUUCAGUCAGUUCAGUGGAGCUGGUAAACACGUCCUCUCUGCCUGUCGAGUCGCUGUCGCGCGAACUACCGCGUCGUUUCAUCCUACUUUCGGUGUGUUUGGCUUCCCAUAUUCUGGCGAUAAGGAUAAAGGGCUGCAGGAGAUUUCAGCAGCAGGAGGUGACGUCAACAAGCCGCUUUCCCCCUUGUUGACUCAAUAACAAGAAAGGAGGAAAGAAAGUGACCUGAAAGAAAUGCUUUAUCUCAUGCCACAUCGCUCAAUUUCAACGCAACUUCAACAGCUCCAGUGUUUUACAUGCGGUCUCUCGGUUCAUCGGUCUGUCGUACAAAUUUCUUUGUUUUCUGGUCAGUUAAGUUAAACGGAAAAUCUGUUUAACGUUGGUCGUCUGCGCGAAGAUUUCUUUUCCACUAAGGAUCUUAUGACUCACUUUUGGAUUUUUACACGUAGAACAUGUUAGUUUUGUGGAGGAGCAGCAGUAAUAUGAGUGAUCUGGUGGGUCCGGAGUAUCAGGGUUGCGUGGACGGAUCUCUGAUGGACGGAUUCAGUGUUUUUAUUCAGGGUCUGUUGGCUGUUCUGGCUUUCAGCACUUUAAUGUUGAAGAGGUUUCGUGAGCCUGUCGGAAUAAGAAGAUCGUGGAGGAUCUGGUUCUUUGAUACAUCUAAGCAGGCCAUUGGGGCUCUUUUUAUGCAUUUUGCCAAUAUCUUCUUGUCCACACUCACCAAUGAAGAUCCCUGUUCUCUAUAUCUGUUGAACUUCCUCUUGGAUGCCACAUUGGGAAUGCUGGUGAUCUGGAUGGGGGUGAAGCUUGUUUCCAAGAUAGUGGAGCACAGACAGCUAACACUGCUGAUGUUUGGAGAAUAUGGUGAUCCUCCUCAGAUAGCGGCCUGGUUGGCUCAGUGCUCCGUGUAUUUGCUCAUUGUUGCUCUGGAGAAAAGUGUGGUCACUCUGGUGCUGCUUGUUCCCGGUUGGACCAAUCUGGAGGAGGUGGUGCUGGACUACAUCCCAAACCCACAGCUGGAGUUGGCCAUUGUCAUGUUGAUCGUGCCUUUCAUUGUCAACUCUAUAAUGUUCUGGGUGGUGGACAGCUUAACAAUGCGGAAAUAUAAGAAAAUGACAUCUCUUGAUGGCUCACGUGACUGUCCGAAACAAGUAGAGGUUUCGUCAAACGAGAGCAAUGAUGAAGCUGAGGUGCUGCUAAAGGAAGAUGAAGAUGAUGCUAUAGUGUGUUCUGAACCAGAAGAGCACGUCUCAGCAGAAGAAGCUUUAAUACAAGUCCGUAUGGAUGUUUAGAACACAAGCGUUUAGAAGAAUACUUUCUUAAACACUAGCACUAGAUCUCUGUUCUUAAACCUAGUGUUUACUUCCUGCAAAGCCAGUUACCUUCCAAAUAAUUCCUAAGUGACUGAUUUGGAACACUCUAAUUAAGGAUAAACUUAGUGCAACACACAAAUAGAACUUUUCAUGUUAUCUAAACACUGGAGACUGGCCUCAGUUGAUUGCAAUAGAGUUUUGCGUUAGCAUUUGCUAAGCUAACAACACAAUGCUCAGUACUUGACACGAUACUAUGUAAAAUUGUCCAUUUUGAGUAAGAUUGAUAGAUGCUUUUUAUUAUUGAAUGAAAUUGAAAUGUAUUUAUUUAGCAUCAACAUUUAAUUUAUGAAAUUCGUAUGCUAGUGUGGUUUUGAACGGCGUUCUUGUUGGGAGGGUUCCAGCGAAAUAGAGCUUUUCAUGUGAGUACACUUUGGAGAGGAGACUUACAAUUGAGGGGUGUUUACAAAAAAACGAAAAACUUUUUAUGCAUUUUUACUGUUCAUAUACACCACAACAGCAUUUGGGGGGGGUUCACAAACUUUUGAAAAUGUGUUUCAUGCAAGGGUAUUAUGUUCGUUUUUGUGGAUCUACGUGAACGGGGGUUGCUUUAUCAACAUUUAUGAUCAUAAAAAUAUGAACAUGAAAUGUUCUGAUAAGAGUUGUUAAAGGGGAAAAUGCUGUCUAUGUAAGUAGCUCACUAGAUUUUGGAGCAGCUGGAAGGUUGACAACUUUAAGCAGAUGCAAGAGUGUAAUGCAAUUUGACAUGCUUUACUUUAUGCAAAACUGCAUUUUAACAUUCUUUUAUAAUUAUUAUGCAUGCAACUUGUAUUAAAUGUGUGCUCAUUUUAACAGAUACUACAUGGAAUUUUACUACAAUGAUACUACAAUGGUAUUUUUUAAAUUUCAUAUCUUUAGAAUUUCUGAAUCAAAAAUGCAAUUAAACUGCUCACCAUUUGACCAGUUACAACAUGUAUAAGUUAUAUAUUUCGCUAUAGAUUUAUAUCGACUUUAACCUAAAAUCUUGAUAUUGAAAAAUAAAUCCUUCAGGUCAAUGUUAUUUGAGAGUUGUAGCAGUGCAUUUUUCAGCAUAAUCAGUAUAAGAUCAUUAUUAGCAUAUGAGUUAUUAAAGGGAAACACUAUACUCCAUGUCCUUUAGAGUUCAUACUUCUAAGAUGUGAAUUAAAAGAGAGGAGCGAGGAGGUCAAGUGUUUUUCCUAAUUCCAGACAGUCAGGGACUUUUCAUUUGAAGUCUAAACGGCUCAUUUUGCUACUUGUGAUGAACGCCUCGCUGUAAACACACUACAACGAUGUUUCCAGCUCUUGACACAAGCUAGAAUAGUUUUUAUGAAACCAUUAUAAAACCAUUUGUAAAUAUUCAGCAGUAAGUGAAAGACCAGAUGAUCGUUGUAUUUUAACCUGUAAAUUUUAAACAUUGUACAGUAUUCAGUUUUUUUUUUGUUACAAAUGCAACGUGCUGAAUAACAGUUCAAUAUGUGUAAUGUAGAAAAUUUACGAUAUGUACAGUAACCGUAAACGUAGCAAUUUUUAAGCUGUUACAUUGGAUUGAUUUCUUCGAAACUGUAGCAAUGUCAGCACACAAAUGCAACCUUUAUUAAGAAACAUCUUUUGAUAUUUGUCGAACAAUGUUGUCUUGAUGCCUUAUUUUGAUGUACACAAAUAAAACUACAGUUCGAGUGACUUAAA